AUGGAUAUCUCCGGAUCCUAUGGUGUCAAUGUCUGCGGCUAUGAGAAGUACAAAGACUUCAUCGAGGAAGGAUGGUCCAGUGCGAAGAAGCAGGGCCUCUUCCUGGGCUCGCUGGACAAUGUCGUUCUGGACAACAUCGCACGUUUGCGCAAGGUCUCUGGCCAGGAUGAGGUGUCCUUCCACAUGUCUGGCACGGAGGCAGUGAUGUGCGCCGUGCGUGUGGCGCGCUUCAACACCAAGAAGCCACUGGUCGUAACCUUCGGCGGUGCUUACCAUGGCUGGUGGGACGGAAUGCAACCCGUGGCCGGCAAUGAGCGGUUGCCACAGGACGUGCUUUGCUUGAAGGAUAUGAACAACCUGUCCUUGCAGGUGAUUCAACUUCGUAGCAGCGAGAUCGCCGCGGUCCUGGUGAAUCCCCUUCAAUGCUUCCAUCUCAACCAGUCUCCACCUGGCGAUGCUGUCUCUUGGCUGCGCUGUACACGAAGAUACAAAGAGUGGCUCCACAAGUUGAAGGAGACCUGCACCAAAGCAGGCGUUUGCCUUAUCUUCGAUGAGGUUUACACGGGCUUUCGUCUUCAUCCUCGUGGAGCACAGGGGGCCUAUGACGUGAAGGCUGACAUCGUUUGCUACGGGAAGACCCUGGGUGGCGGGCUUCCUAUUGGCGUGGUGUGCGGUCCCAAGGAGCUCAUGGCCCGUGGAGACGCGAAGAAGGCAGCACGGAUCAACUACGUCAUCGGAACUUUCGCAGGCCACCCCUUCGUGAUGGCCUGCAUGAAUGCCUUCCUGAAGUGGCUGGAGGAGCCGGCUACCGUGAAGUCCUAUGACGAGAUGCAUGCCAACAUCGAUGCUUUCAUCAAGGCUGCGAACAAAAAGUUCGAGGAGAAGGGAUACCCGGUCCAGCUCACCAACUGGUUUUCUGUGUGGUCCAUCCUUUACACGAAGCCGGGCCGCUACCACUGGAUUUUCCAGUACUUCCUCAAGGAUGCAGGGGUUAACCUGAGCUGGGUGGGCACCGGUCGUCUACUCUUCUCCCUUGAGUGGAAGAAGGCGGACUUCGACCGUUUGCUGGACCGGCUCUUGGCUGCUUGCGAGCUCAUGCAGAAGGGCGGCUGGUGGGAGGAGCCCAAGGCCAACAUCAAGGCAAAGCUGGGCGUCGAGAUCGGCACGGCAGUGUUCAAGAAUGUCCUGGGACUGUCCGGUUGA